AUGUGUAUUAGACCUGUGAUAUUAUACGCGUGCCCAAUAUGGAGUAAUACUUGUGAUACUAAUUAUAAAAGACUGCAAAUAAUACAAAAUAAAUGUCUGAGAAUGAUCAUCGAUUCAGAACCUGGCAUAUCUAAUAAAAAACUACAUGAGUUAACUAACAUUCCAGAGCUUAAAGAAUUAGUUCAUAAACAUGCAACUAAUUUUUAUAGUAAAAAAUUUAAGAACAUCAUCAUACUCCAAGAAGUAUGUAAAAUUAGUAGCAACUCCUGGCUCAAAUAUAAAGUGCCAAAGCAGUUCCAGCGACUAGCGAAUAGUCUACAGCAAGCGCGCAAGGCUUGCAAGCGUAGUGCAACACGGAAAAGCAAGCGAGCAAGGCUUGCUUAUUCCCAUCAACCGAGUACAGCUACUUACUACGGACCAUCUCAUCGAUACGGACCAUCUCAUCGAUACGGACCAUCUCAACUGUCAAGAGCGUUGUUAUUCCAGCUGUAA